AUGUCCAGUUCCAAUACAUUGCCACUUAAGCGCCAAAAUGAAAAAAACGAUCCAAGUACAGGAACUCCUAAUAAAAAAGCUAAAGAUGAAUUUGCAGAUGCCAAAUUAAACGGAAACCUCUUGCCAAAGCAGCUGACUAUACAGAAUUCUGAUGAAGAAAGUGUUCUCCUAUCAGAUGAAAGUGAUACAAAUCAAAAUGUAAAGCCAAAAAUUAUAAAGAAGCCAAAGCAAAAAACUCCUUCUGAAGAAGAGUCAUAUAACGAAGAAGAGGAAGAAAGCGAAGAAAGCCAACCAUCUGACGAAGACUAUUCUGAAUCUGAACCCAAAUCUGAGUCUGAGUCCGAUGAGUCCUGGGAUCAAGCUCCUAAAAGAGGCAAAAAACGAGUGAAAAAGCAAGCUAGCUCGGACUCUGAUUAUUAA